AUGGAACCCACAGGACAAAAUUCCCCCCUGGGGAACCACACUGCAUUGGUGGAAUUCAUCUUACUUGGGUUUUCUAAUGUUCCCAAACUUCAAGGUUUUCUUUUUGGUAUAUUUUUGAUAAUCUAUAUAAUGAUUCUUAUGGGAAAUAGCCUCAUUAUUAUAAUAACUAAGGUUGAUACUUCCCUCCAGACCCCCAUGUAUUUUUUCAUUGGGAAUUUUUCUUUUUUGGAAAUAUGUUACGUGUCAGUUACUCUCCCAAGAUUGUUAGCUGAUCUCUGUAGACAAAACAGGAAACUUUCCUUUCUAGCCUGUGCAGUUCAAAUGUAUUUCUUUUUGAUCUUUGGAGCCACUGAGUGCUUCAUCCUCACUGCCAUGGCUUAUGACAGGUAUGUGGCCAUUUGCAACCCAUUGCUCUACCCUGUCAUCAUGAACAGUAGACGAUGUAUCAAACUGGCAGCUGUCUGUUGGAUCACUGGAAUUCCAGUGCACAUAGGGUUUACCUACCAGAUCUUCACUCUACCCUUUUGUGAACGUAACCAGAUGGAUCAUUUUUUCUGUGAUGUUCCUCCUGUUGUUCAGCUUGCUUGUGGGGAUACUUUCAUGAUUGAGAUGCUGAUUUAUGUGAUUGCUGCCUUGGUUGUCACGAUUCCUUUUUUGUUGAUCCUGGGAUCUUAUGUGAAAAUAAUCUCCACCAUCCUGAAGCUGCCAUCAGCCACUGGGAGAGCCAAGGCCUUCUCCACUUGCUCUUCGCAUCUCAUGGUUGUGACUUUGUUCUUCGGAUCAGGCAUCGUUGUAUAUUUGAGACCUAAAUCCACUCACUCAUCAGGAAUGGACAAAUACUUUUCUCUCUUUUAUACCAUCUUGAUACCAGUGUUUAACCCCAUUAUAUAUUGUCUGAGAAACAAAGAUGUUAUGGCGGCCUUGGGAAAAUUCCUGCAGAAAUAG